AUGAGAAUAUUGUGUGUAGCAGAAAAGCCUUCGAUUGCUAAUUCAAUCACAGGUAUUCUAUCUUGCGGCGGUCAUGUGGAUAGAGAAAAUGGAAGGGACAAAUACUGCAAGAAUAAUCACUUUCAAUACAAAUUACCGCCCAAUCAUACAGUCAGAAUCAAUGCAAGACCGGUCCCACCUGGCAUGAUUGAUGUCACGGUAACAAGCGUUCGUGGCCAUGUGAUGUCAUGCGACUUCGGAGAAGCUUACAAAUCAUGGCGUUCAUGUCCACCUGCUGAUCUUUUCAAAGCUCCAAUUGAAAUCAAUGUUACAGAUGAUGCAAAGCAUAUUGCCACAAAUCUCAAACAACAAACGAGAAAUGCCGAUUUGUUGAUGAUAUGGACCGAUUGCGAUAGGGAAGGAGAGCAUAUAGGAUCGGAAAUUGUCAACAUCUGUCGAAGCACAAAGAGAACACUACCUGUUCUAAGGGCCAAAUUCAGUGCUAUCAUCGCCGAACAAAUUCAUCGAGCUAUGCAGAACCCUAUCGAAUUGGACUGGAAUGCUGUCGCUGCGGUUGAUUGUCGACAGGAAUUGGAUCUUCGUUUAGGCGUAGCAUUUACCCGUCUCCAGACAGUACGACUACAGAACAAAUUUAACGAACUGGAUAAACUUGUGAUCAGCUAUGGUCCUUGUCAAUUUCCAACUUUGGGAUUUGUGGUAGAGCAAUAUUGCAAAGUAAUGGAGUUCGUUCCGGAACCGUUUUGGUAUAUCGCAGUGAUGAAGAAGCGAAACGAUGUAGAAGUAGACUUCCGUUGGUCAAGAAAUCAUCUCUUCAAAGAAGAAGAUGUUACUGCGAUCUUUCAAAGAUGUAUAGCCAGUCCUGAAGCGACAGUGACAAAAGUUACUACAAAGGACACACGGAAGUUCAAGCCUUCUCCUUUGACAACCGUAGAACUUCAAAAAGCGGGCGGAAGGCUGUUGCGCAUGGCUCCGAAGAAGGUUCUCGAUAUCGCCGAGAAGCUGUACCAAAGAGGAAUACUCUCUUACCCUCGUACAGAGUCGGAUCAGUAUGACCCUGCAUUCGAUUUCAAUACCUACAUCGAUAAGCAGAAGCAUCAUCCAGAUUGGGGCACCUUUGCUUCGAAUCUUGUAAAUGAUCCAAGAUGUUUUGAGAAACCGGUAAACGGAAAGAAGAACGAUAAAGCACAUCCGCCGAUCCAUCCUACAAAGCCUGCUAUUGACCUAACCGGAGAUGAAAAGAGGGUUUACGAUUUCGUUACGAGAAGAUUUCUGGCCAGCUGCAGCAAACAUGCUGUUGGUAAGCAAACCAAUAUCGAUCUCAAUAUUGCUGCUGAAAUAUUCUCAACAAAUGGUAUCAUUGUUCUAGAGAGGAAUUACUUGGACGUUUAUCCUUUUGACACAUGGGGUGGACCGGCAUUGCCGGAAUUUCGUCAAGGAGAGCGCUUUACGCCGGACAAAAUUGAGAAAAAAGAAGGAGAGACAACAAGGCCAAAAUUGCUUACCGAAGCAGACUUGGUGUCAUUGAUGGAUAAAAACGGAAUUGGAACAGACGCAACAAUUGCUGAACACAUCCAGAAAAUCAUCGAUCGACAGUAUGUCAUGUUGAUGCCUGAAGGUCAAAUAAAAUAUCUUGUUCCUUCAACGCUUGGGAUGGGAUUGGUUUCGGGUUAUAACAAGAUCGUUGAUCGCGAGGAGAAGAGCUUAUGCAAGCCAAAAUUGCGGAGAGAGACGGAGGAAAACAUGGGUCUGAUCUGUGAAGGCACACGAACGAAGGAUGAAAUCGUGCGCGAGAGUCUAGAGGAGUAUUUUGGGGUGUUUCAAGAUGUUGAAAACCAUUUCAAUAGGCUUGAGGAUUGUAUGAACAAUUAUCUUCGAGGACCCUUGGACGAAGCUGCACAAGCGGAAGCAUCUUCUACCUCGGAACUUCAAGCUAGGCCUGAGCAAGAGCACAGAAGUGAGACUUUCAACAUAAAUGCCGUGAAUGUUGGACAGCAGAACAGCCACACGAACGGGCUAGGAAGAUCGAAUGGCGCAGGGAUGGGAAGGUCGAAUGAUACUGGAGCGGGAAGUUCGAAUGGCGCACGAGAGGGAAGGUCGAAUGGCACACGGCGCACAUUCGAAUCCGCAUCAGAUGAUCUUGCCGAAAACAAACCUCUCUGUCGAUGUAAUCAAGAAGCAACACAAAAGGCAGUGGUCAAAGAUGGGCCGAACAAAGGAAGGUUAUUUUGGUCUUGCGCAAAGAUACAAAAUGAUCCCGGAAAUUGUCAAUUUUUUCAAUUUGCCGAUCAAAAUCCUGUUGAAAAUGGGGGAAUUAGGAGCAGCAACAAUUAUGGCGCUUCUUCUUCCACUUCUAGAGCAGGCGCAAACUCGAGCUCGAGCUCACGUAGAUGUUUGUGUGGUCAAGAAGCCAAACAGCUAACAGUGACAAAAGAAGGAUCGAAUAAAGGUCGAAAGUUCUGGUCUUGUCCCAAUAUGGACAGAUCGGCCAAGUGCGAUUAUUUCGAAUGGGAUGAAGAUGAAGGCGGCAGUGGGAACGCAGGUGAGAGCUCUGAUGGUCGAUCAUGCUACAAUUGCGGUCGAACGGGACACUGGUCAGCGCAAUGCCCUCAGAAUAAAAAGAGAGGUAAUUCCGGUCACAGUGCAGCAAGACCAUCCAAAAGGGGAACGAAUAAAUCUUCUUCAACAUCGAGAGGGAGCUGUUACAAUUGCGGAGAGGAAGGACAUUGGAGCAAUGAUUGCCCU